GGGUGGGGGGGUUAGCUGUCGCGUAUCAAGUUGCUCUCUGUCCCAGCAGAGGAAGCCAGUGCGCUGAGGGUCGGGGCUCCUGCUUGCUCCCACCUAUACCCAUUGGAACGGAAAAGUUUGCGAAUUGGGCCCCCAAGUUUUGGGGGACCCGGGCUUGCGGCGCGGAGGGACGGAGACCCUCGUGGGGAGCCCAGAGCUGUGGCGCCGUUGACCGUGCCCUUGUCAUCUCUCGCCUCCGGCCAGCUCCCCUCCAUGGACCUCACGCGCAGCCAGCAGGCACCGCCCACCCCGGCGCACGGGGACCCCGAGGACCCCGGGGAUGAAGCCGCCGACGGCUCGGACACCGUGGUGCUCAGCCUUUUCCCCUGCACCCCGGAGCCUGGGGACACCGAGCCCGAGGCCAGCGUCUCCCCACUGCAGGGCAGCUCCCUGAAGCACUCCACCACGCUCACCAACCGGCAGCGGGGGAACGAGGUCUCGGCGCUGCCCGCCACCCUGGACUCCCUGUCCAUCCACCAGCUCGCCGCCCAGGGGGAGCUGAGCCAGCUGAAGGAACACCUGCGGAAAGGUGACAACCUCGUCAACAAGCCGGACGAGCGCGGCUUCACCCCCCUCAUCUGGGCCUCGGCCUUCGGAGAGAUCGAGACGGUCCGGUUCCUGCUGGACUGGGGGGCUGACCCGCACAUCCUGGCCAAGGAGCGGGAGAGCGCCCUGUCGCUGGCCAGCAUGGGCGGCUACACGGACAUCGUGGGGCUGCUGUUGGAGCGAGACGUGGACAUCAACAUCUACGACUGGAACGGGGGGACGCCGCUGCUGUACGCCGUGCGUGGGAACCACGUGAAGUGCGUCGAGGCCUUACUGGCCCGCGGUGCUGAUCUGACCACCGAGGCCGACUCCGGCUACACCCCGAUGGACCUCGCCGUGGCCUUGGGAUACCGGAAAGUGCAACAGGUGAUGGAGAACCACAUCCUGAAACUCUUCCACAGCGACCUGGUGCCCGCCGACCCUGAGUGAAGACCGGCGCCGGGCACCC